GGGAAGAUAAACCGAACACCACCGCAGCUCAGCUCAGCCCAGCUCAGACAUGUUUUCGCCAAAGGGGUCCAAAAAGCAGUCCGGGUUCGAGCCCGGGGCUCCCCGCGGUUCUGUGGAGCAGAUCUGUAUGGUUGAAUGUGGCUGUAAGCCGGUGUGCACCUGCGGCUCUAACUGCGACCUGACACAGUGUGUGGCAGAACUGAAGACGAAUGGUCCUGACGUCGACCAAACAGGCUUUGACAACUUGGCUUAUGAAUAUGGAAGCCAGAGUGAACUCUCCAACCUAUCUCUCCAGCCUAUCUCCAGAGCCAGUUUCAAACUUCUGGGACUCACCUCUACACAACAAGCUGUGGAAACCACACUUAGCCAUCUUAAUGGGCUGUUUGCCAUCAUCUGGUCUGUAUCAGAUAGUUUACUUCAGGUGGACUACAAUACCUCAAUUACCACAACCAAAGAGAUCGCCCUGCAACUGCAGAAGCUGGGAUGCAGAGUUGAAGCAGCCCUACGGAUCAAAGUGGAUGGGAUGCGCUGCCAGUCCUGCGUCCAGGCCAUCGAGGGACAGGUUGGAGGGCUUCCAGGAGUCUCACACAUCCAGGUGUCUCUUCAGAACAGAGUAGCUCUAAUAGUAUAUCAGCCUCCCCUUGUUACACAGCAGGAGCUGAGAGAUAAGAUCAAAGAUAUGGGGUUUGAAACUACAUUGUUCCCUGAGGAUUCGUCUGAUGGAGAUCUGAGAUACUGGCAGAGUGGCUUAUUGAAUGUACCCAUUCAGACUGAAACUGUCUGGAUUGGAGGGAUGACUUGCAGCUCAUGUGCGCAGUCCAUAGAGGGCAGGAUCUGUCAAAUGAUUGGAGUGAAGUCCAUAAUGGUGUCGUUGAAGGAAAAAAGGGGAACAAUAAGUUUUGACCCCAGUCUGACUGAUCCAGAGUAUGUUAGGGCAGCUAUAGAGGAAAUGGGCUUUGACGCGACGCUUAAAGAGCCACUUUGGAGUCAAGAAAAUCAAGACCUUGCAGACCUCCGCUUUUCCAACAGGAUGGGAAUGAGCAACGGUGCUGAAUCUCAGGUAACCUCUGUAAGCUGCCGCCCUGAUUCCCCUGAAAUGAAAGCGCAGAAAUGCUUCAUUUCUGUGACGGGAAUGACCUGCGCCUCCUGCGUGGCUAACAUUGAGAAACACUUGCUCAAACACAAGGGAAUCGUCUCCGUCCUGGUGUCUCUAAUGGCCGGAAAGGCAGAGGUGAAGUACGAUCCGAACCUCCUUGAUCCAGCUGGAGUGACUCAGUUCAUAGAGGACAUAGGCUUUGGUGCCAAACUGUUAGAAGACAAUGCAGUGACACACGGGAAACUGGACCUGCAGAUAAUAGGAAUGACGUGUGCUUCAUGUGUGCACAAAAUUGAGUCCCAGCUCACCACAACCAAAGGCAUCCACUCGGCCUCAGUGGCCCUGGCCACCAAAAACGCUCACAUCCAGUUUGACCCAGAGCUGCUCGGAGCUCGUGAUAUUGUCAGGAUAAUCCAGAGCCUUGGAUUUGAGGCCAGUCUGGAGAAGGCUGGAUUCAAGAACAACCUCGAUCACUCAGGGGAAAUUCAUCAGUGGAAGAACUCCUUCAUGCUCAGCUUGGUCUUUGGCCUGCCCGUCAUGGGCCUCAUGAUCUACAUGAUUAUAAUGGACAUCCAGCACAAAGAGCAGGGAGGCUCCAUGCCUGAGGAACAGAAUGUGCUGCCGGGUCUUUCCCUCAUCAACUUGGCCUUUUUCCUGCUCUGUACACCUGUGCAGAUUUUCGGAGGCCGGUACUUCUACAUCCAGGCAUAUCGCUCAUUAAAACACCGCACAGCCAACAUGGACGUGCUGAUCGUGUUGGCCACCUCCAUUGCCUACAUCUAUUCUUGUGUGGUCCUUGUCGUGGCCAUGGCGGAGCAGGCCAAGCAGAGUCCAAACACCUUUUUCGACACUCCACCUAUGCUCUUUGUGUUCAUCGCUCUCGGACGAUGGCUGGAGCAAAUUGCAAAGAGUAAAACCUCAGAAGCUUUGGCCAAAUUAAUGUCACUACAAGCCACUGAUGCCACUGUGGUCAUUUUAGGACCCGAUCGCUCUGUUGUCAGUGAGGAGCAGAUGGUGGUGGAGCUGGUCCAGCGGGGCGACAUCGUCAAAGUCGUCCCAGGAGGGAAGUUCCCUAUUGACGGAAAAGUGAUUGAGGGAAGCUCUAUGGCGGAUGAGUCCUUAAUUACAGGCGAGCCGAUGCCUGUCAGUAAGAAGGUGGGCAGCUUGGUGAUUGCAGGCUCCAUUAACGCUCACGGUGCUCUUCUGGUGGAAGCCACUCACGUUGGUGCUGAAACAACUCUGUCUCAGAUAGUUAAACUGGUUGAAGAAGCUCAAACAUCAAAGGCCCCGAUCCAACAGUUUGCAGACAAAAUCAGCGGAUACUUUGUGCCCUUCAUUAUUCUUGCAUCCCUGCUCACGCUGGUGGCCUGGAUGGCCGUAGGGUUUGUCAACUUUGAUAUCGUGAUGGAGCACUUUCCGGGUUACAACCCGAACAUCUCCAAGGCAGAAGUUAUCGUCCGCUUCGCCUUCCAGGCAUCCAUCACGGUUCUGUCUAUUGCCUGCCCCUGCUCUCUGGGUUUGGCGACCCCGACGGCUGUAAUGGUUGGAACAGGAGUCGGGGCUCAGAACGGGAUGCUCAUCAAAGGAGGGGAGCCGCUGGAGAUGGCACACAAGAUCAAUGUAGUGAUGUUCGAUAAGACCGGUACCAUAACAAACGGCUUACCGAAGGUGACCCGUGUGCUGGUGUUGUGGGAAAUGGCCCGCAUGCCCCUGAGAAAGAUCCUGGCACUGGUCGGCACAGCAGAGGCCAGCAGCGAGCACCCGCUGGGCAUGGCAGUUGCUAAUUAUUGCAAAGACGAGCUGGGCUUGGAUGUUCUUGGACACUGCCGGGACUUCCAGGCGGUUCCCGGCUGCGGGAUAAGCUGCCAGGUGUCCAACGUGGAACAUCUGCUGCAGCAGAGCGACGAGCGUUUUUUUAUGCCGGGGGUAACCACAGAAGAAAGCAACCUUUUCCCUACUGAGGAGACCUCCUCUGCAGUUGAGGGAGCAUCUUACUCUGUCCUGAUUGGGAACAGGGAAUGGAUGAGGAGGAAUGGCCACCACAUCCAAGCAGAUGUCGAUGCUGCCAUGAUGAGCCACGAAACCAAAGGCCAGACCGCCAUACUGGUGGCCAUAGAAGGUGUUUUAUGUGCCAUGUUGGCCAUUGCAGACACGGUGAAAGCGGAAUCAGCGUUGGCGGUGCACACCCUGAGCAGCCUCGGCAUCGAGGUGGCCAUGAUAACCGGAGAUAACAGGCGAACAGCCAAAGCCAUAGCAGCGCAGGUGGGGAUCAGGAAGGUGUUUGCAGAGGUGCUGCCUUCACAUAAGGUGGCCAAAGUUCAGGAGCUGCAGGACCGAGGCCUUCGAGUGGCCAUGGUAGGAGAUGGUGUCAACGACUCGCCCGCCUUGGCCUGCGCUGAUGUCGGCAUCGCCAUCGGCACCGGCACAGACGUGGCCAUCGAAGCGGCCGACAUUGUCCUGAUCCGGAACGAUCUGCUGGACGUGGUGGCCAGUAUUGAGCUCUCCAAGAAGACGGUGCGAAGAAUCAGGAUUAAUUUUGUCUUCGCUCUCAUCUACAACCUUCUAGGGAUUCCAGUGGCUGCAGGUGUGUUCAUGCCUGCUGGCCUCGUCUUGCAGCCUUGGAUGGGCUCGGCUGCCAUGGCCGCCUCGUCUCUGUCAGUGGUCCUGUCUUCUCUGCUGCUGAGGAUGUAUAAAAAGACACCCAUCGAGCUGUACGAAUCCCGUGCAAGAGGCCAUAUGAGAAGCCUUAGGUCAUCUCAGAUAAGCACGCAUCUGGGCCUGGAUGGGCAGCGGCGCAGCCCGGCACUCCCCAAUACCCCUCGAGCACAGAUGGGCCAGAGACCGUCUACCCAGGAGCUACUCGCUGCUGGAUCACCGGACGGCAGACGAUUUUAACUUGUAAAAAAGGGAAAUUAUUUCUUUUAUUUUCAAAUUCAGUAAUGUUCUUUGUGUAAAUGUUUAAAAAUAUAUUUAUUUAAAUACUGUUUUUCUGCUCGUAAACUUAAAAUUAUGUUUUAUUUCAAGUUAUUUUUCCUGGAUUAUUUUAGCACAUAGCAGCCAUAUGCAAUGUUUCAAGAAACGAAACUUCAACUUAAGCUGCCGUGCCACAUUUGUGAUGUGAGUGACAGUGUUGGUCUGCGAGGUUCUAGAAAUCCACUUGAUUUAUCGGAUUUUGUGCAUCCACAGCUCAGUCUUUCAAACAGAAGAAUCCUCUGUAAUGUUGUUGUUUUUUUUAGCCUCUUAAACAAGUGAAGGAGAAGAAGAGUGCUGGAGAAUGCCAGGGAAUUUUUGUUCCCCACUUGUAUUUAAAGACCUGCCAGGAAUAAUUAAUGUGGCGCAUUAAUCAAAAGGUCUUGCUCAAGGAUUCUAUAGUUAUCCAGGAAAAAUGAGCUUUUUCACUGUGAGUAGACUGCAGACGUAUUAAUUUGACUCUUGUCUUGUACUCAGACCUCAUAAUAGGCUUCUUUUUUCACAGCAGUCUGACAUGUGUUAGCAGGAAGAGCAGAGGAACACUUCAGACAAAGCCAUUAAUAAUGUUACUGAUUACACAUGCUAAGACAAGCCCGAAGAGCAAUAGCCAGUUCCAUGGAAGUUUGUAGUAUUUCACAAAAGUGAGUUCACCCCUCACAUUUUUGUGAAUAUUUCUCAUAUCUUUUCAUGGGACAACACUGAAGAUAUGACACUUUGAUAUAAUGUAAAGAAGUCAGUGUUCAGCUUUAUAACAGUAUAGAUUUUCUGUCCCCUACCAAAAACUUCAGCACACAGCCAUCACUGUGUAAACCGCUGGCAACAAAACUAAGUAUACCCCUAGUGAAAAUGUCCAAAUUGUGCCCAAUUAGCCAAUUUCCCCUCUCUGUGUCAUGUGACUCAUUGGUGUUAGAAGGUGUCAGGUGUGAAUGGGGAGCAGGUGUGUUAAAUGUGGUGUUAUCACUCUCAUACUGGUCACUGGGACAUGGCACCUCAUGGCAAAUAACUCUCUGAGGAUCUGAAAGAAGAAUCGUUGCUGUACAUAAAAAUUGCCUAGGCUAUCAGAAGAUUGCCAACACCCUGAAACUGAGCUGCGGCAUGGUGGCAACAACCAUACAGCAGUUUAAAAGGACAGGCUCUACUCGAGACAGGAAUUAGCAUGGUCAACCAAAGAAGUGGUAUACAUGUGCUUAGCAUCAUAUCCAGAGGUUGGGUUUUGAAAAUAUACAUAUGAGUGCUGCCAGCAUUGCUGCAGAGGGUGAAGGGGUCAGCCUGUCAGUGGUCAGACCGUUAGCCGCACUGCAUCACAUUGGUCUGCCUGGCUGUUGUCCCAGAAGGAAGCCUCUUAUAAAGAUGAUGUACAAGAAGUCCCACAAACAGUUUGCUGAAGACAAGCAGGCUAAGGACAUAGUGGAACCAUGUUCUGUGGUCUGAUUGAGACCAAGAUAAACUCAUUUGGUUCCGAUGGUGUCCAGCAUGUGUGUCAGCAACCAGUUGAGGAGCACAACAAGAAGUCAGCACUGCCUACAGUCAAGCAUGGUGGUGGGAGUGACAUGGUUUGGGCUGCAUGUGUGCUGCCGGCUGUGGGGGGCUACAGUUCAGUUAGGGAACCAUGAAUGCCAACAUGUACUGUGACAUACUGAAGCAGAGCAUUAUCCUCUCCCUACAGAAACAGGACUGUAGGGCAGUAUUCCAACAUGAUUACGACCCCAAACACACCUGCCCUGCUGAAGAAACUGAGGGUAAAAGUCCUGGACUAGGUAAGCAUUUCUGCAAACCUAAACCCUAUUGAGCAUCUGUGGGAACCCUCAAACAGAAGGUGGAGGGUUGCAAGGUCCAUGAUGUCAUCAUGGAGAAGUGGAAGAGGACUUCAAUGGUAACCUGUGAAGCUCUAGUAAACUCAAUGUCCAUGAGAGUUAAGGCAGUGCUGGAAAAUAAUGGUGGCCACACAAAAUAAUGACACUUUGGGUACAAUGUGGACAUUUUCCCUUAGGGCUGUUCUCGCGUUUGUUGCCAGCAGUUUAAACAUUAAUGGAUGUGUGUUGAGUUAUUUUAAGGGGACAGCAAAUGUACACUGUUAUAUAAGCUGUACACUGAGUACAUUGUAUCAAAGUGCCAUAUCUUAAGUGUAGUCACAUGAAAACAUAAAAAUGUUUUAUAAAAAUUUGAGUAUUAUACUCCCUUUUGAGAGACAUUGUAAAUAUGCUUUUAUGAAUAAAAUUACAACCAACCUGCAAUUUUAGUUCACACCCUUUAUUGUUUAAUAAAGCAUUGCAUAACAUUUAAAAAAUGUAACAUUUUUCUAAAAUAAAAUUAAGGUAAUUUUG